UAAUUAAUAUGGGAGUAUGUUUUGUUUUAUUUAAUCCUUUCCUGAGAAACCCCUUUUGUGAAUCUUGUCCUUACUUGUACGGUUAAGAUCAAGUCAUGCUUGAAUAAUAAACCAAGUUUCUACUAAUAAUAUCACUUAUCUUUCAAGUUUUAUUUCAAGGGGUUCUUCUUUAUAUGUUAUUGUAUUGAUUAUUGUAGUUAUGGGACAAGCUUUGGGUUGUAUUCAAGUGGAUCAAUCCACAGUUGCUAUAAAGGAAAACUUUGGCAAGUAUGAUGAUGUUCUUGGUCCUGGUUUUCACUUCAUGCCUUGGUUUUUUGGGAGCCAAUUAGCUGGUUAUCUUUCACUCAGGGUGCAGCAACUUGACAUUAGAUGUGAAUCCAAGACUAAGGAUAAUGUUUUUGUGACUCUGGUUGCUUCAAUCCAGUACAGAGCCUUGGCAGAUAAGGCAGCAGAUGCCUUCUAUAAACUUAGCAACACAAACGAGCAGAUUCAAGCAUAUGUCUUUGAUGUUAUUAGGGCAACUGUGCCAACAUUGGACCUGGAUAAAGUUUUUGAACAGAAAACUGAGAUAGCUCAAACAGUUGGGAAGCGACUAGCGAAGGCAAUGUCUCUUUAUGGAUAUGAGAUAGUUCAAACUCUUAUUGUAGAUGUUGAACCAGAUGACCAAGUGAAAAGUUCAAUGAACGAAAUUAAUGCAGCUUCAAGAUUGAGAGAAGCUGCAUAUGAGAUGGCAGAGGGAGAGAAGAUUCUGCAGAUAAAGCAAGCAGAAGGGGAAGCAGAAUCGAAGUAUUUAGAAGGGCUCGGAAUUGCUCGUCAACGGCAAGCUAUCGUGGAAGGGCUUAAAGCAAGUGUGAUAGGAUUCUCUACAAGUGUUCCAGGGGCAUCAACCAAGGAUGUCAUGGACAUGAUUUUAAUCACCCAAUAUUUUGAUACAAUGAAGGAGAUAGGGGUCUCCUCUAAUUCAUCUGCUGUCUUCAUUCCUCAUGAGCCAGAGGAUGUGACAUCUGAGCAGAGGUAAGAAACAGUUUGCUUCAAGGGAACAUAUUAAGGCUGUGAUUCCGACAUGAUGGUUUCUUUUGUACAUAAUAUACUUGGAGGAUCAGAAAGUAUCCAACUGCUUUGAAAUUUCUGUAAGAGAUUGUUGUGUUAGCGACGGUAUGCGAGAUAGAUGUGUGCUCAAUCCGAACUAUUAAAUCGAUACUUUUUAACAGUUACCUCAUAACGCUUAUAGAAAAUUGAGGAACCGAGAAGAAUAUGGUUUUUUCUUUCUUUUCUUGAAGUGCUGCUGGUAUGAGGGUAGCCUAAGGCCCUGGCAGAGCAUAUGCAGGGUAUUGUAUUGUUUUGUUGUUCAGUAUCUUUUUAUGCAAAUUGUAGCUAAAGUGGGCAUCAUAUAUGUACUUCCAGCGAACAGUUAAUACGAUAUUUUCACCAGCUAA